AUGGAGUUACUUAAGGAUGAAGGAGAAAAUAUGAAAUACGUAGAAGAACUCACAAAAGAGCUAAAGAUAAACCAAACAGAAAAACUCGACCUAAACGACGUAUGGGAGACAAUAAGACAUUUUAUAAUAAAAGCUGCGGAAAAAACAUUGGGCGAGCAUAGAAACCAAACAAAGAGUUGGUAUAGCAAUAUAUGA